GCCGAGCGCAGUCGGCCGCCGCCACCUCAGACGCGCUCUGUCCCAGCAGACUCCUGCAGCCUGCCGCCCGCCGCCCGGCGCUGACGGUCCAGCACGCCUGCCGCCGCUGCAGCCGGCGCGCCCGAGUAACUGCCUUAUCGCUUAUCUAGUUUUUCCAUGCAUCUACAUGAGGCUGAAUAUUACAAGAGAACUUGAGAUUAGGACAAAAAAUCUGAAGUGGACUGUCAGCAUUACUCAAGAAAGCUAUCAGAUUCCUAUUCAUCCAUGAGCUCGGAUUUCCCACAUUACAACUUCAGGAUGCCUAAUAUUGGGUUCCAGAAUCUGCCUCUCAACAUAUACAUUGUGGUUUUUGGCACUGCUAUAUUUGUCUUCAUCCUUAGUUUACUCUUCUGUUGCUACUUGAUUAGGCUAAGACAUCAAGCACACAAAGAAUUUUAUGCCUACAAACAGGUUAUAUUAAAAGAGAAAGUAAAAGAACUGAAUUUACAUGAGCUCUGUGCAGUGUGUCUAGAAGACUUCAAGCCUCGAGAUGAGUUGGGAAUUUGUCCGUGUAAGCACGCCUUCCACAGAAAGUGCCUUAUUAAGUGGCUGGAGGUUCGGAAAGUGUGUCCACUGUGCAACAUGCCGGUCCUGCAGCUGGCUCAGCUGCACAGUAAGCAGGACCGUGGACCCCCACAGGGGCCCCUGCCUGGGGCUGAGAACAUUGUAUAGCUCACCAAAAGGAUCAAACUGCUGCAGGAGCCGAUAUCCACGCGGAGCCAAGAGUACGAGCUGUCUCUGUGUUGGCUGCUCUACCUGGGACACCAGCUGCCACUUCCUUUGCCUCAUGAAGAACUCGGGCCGGCUAAGCUGGGAACCCUGACCUUCUGGGUCUUGUAACAACCAGAGCUCGCUGACACUACCCUACACCAAGAGGAGAGGAGUGGCUGAGCCUGCAGGUUUGGUUCAAGAAACUUUAUGAGGGUCUCUUGCUAACUCCAUUACACUGUCUCCCAGACACUUAUCUCCAUGCCAAGGUGAAUCUUUAUCAGCAGAAGGGAAGAUGAACACAGGCAUUAGAGAAGGGGACUGAGGGCAGGUCUGUACAGCCAGCCCCCUGCCAUGUGGACAGACCGGCCCCUGUGCAGCCAGCGCAUGCCUUCCAGCAGCAAACCCUCACGGCAGCCGGAGCCAAGUCAAACCAGCAGUUACCUCAGCUGAAGCACGACCGGGUGCCGGUGGUUGGUGAGGCAGUGCCCACGGGGCUCUUCACGUUAUGCUCCUUGGAUAAGACCAUCUUGGAGCCAAGGGCUUUGGUUACAACAGAGUGGCAGUGCCCUUUACCAGCCCCGUCUCCUCAAGUUCACAGUCCUUGCUAAUCAAAUCAUCUGAGCUAAAAACAUUAGAUGUGCUUGGAAAGGUCUGGGCAGGAGCUAUUUCCUCUUACUUCCUCCUCCUCCUCAGCAGUGCCACGUGGCCAGGCUGCCCAAAGGAGCCCCAGCAGGGGUUGGGCCUCUUUCACACGCUGUCCCUGUGAGCAAGGGGGCCUCAGGGUGCUACCACGCCUACACACACAUUGCUGCUGGUCCUGGCCCGCUGCCUCAGUCGCGAGCCCUGGCCAGCUCGAAAGGAGCAGGUUUCUGUGAAUGGCCAGCCUUCCCUGCUCCUUCCUUCCUCUGCUGUCUUCCCUUUCUUGCCCUCUCUGUCUCUACUUAAGAGAAAAUGCCCAUCCUGACUUUUUAGCAGUUUAAACCGUCCCAACUAAGAUCCCUAUGUAAUUCUGAAGCUGGAGAUCCACUUGAAGUUGUAAAUAGUUUCAGGAAGCUCCUGCAGGGCCGUCACCCGUUGGUGUGUGCCUCAGUAUUCAGACCUGCGGUAACUAACUGAAAGUGUCUUUUCAGAAAAGAAAUGCAUGCUGCUCUUUGGCUCUGUCUGUCCAGCUUUUCUAGAAAUGACUCAGAGUCCAUUAGGAUUCGUGAAUAUUGUAUAACUUAGCUGCGUGAAGCAGCUUUGGGUCAGAUAGUAAGUUCUGUUCUUCAGCCCUGCUCUCCACCUCCUCCUGUCUUAGGGAGACUCAACAGCUUUGCCUCUGCUCCAUCCCACAGGUAUGAGGGCGGGCAGUUUCUCAGUGAAAAAUAUGAUCUGCAAGGUGUGGAGAGGAUGGAGGGCACUCUGCUACUUUUACAUGGCAUGUGUCCAGGGAUUUCUUCUGGAGUCCAUUCUCUCUGUACAAUGGGAGGGGGAACCUGUGUCCUUGGCUCAGGUGGCUGGAGUCAGACGAGGAGGAAAAUUCCCAUUAGCCUAGAAAAGUGUUGGGCAGAAUCCAGUUUGGAAAAUUACAAAUCCAGUUGGUCACAAAUGGCUGUUUCCUAUGUGUGUGCCCCAUUCGUGCUAUGCCAACUGGACUGCUGCUAAAACGGCAAGGGAAGUGUGGGGUAUUUUUACAUGAAGCCUUAGCCCAAAUGGCACCCAUGAGAACCAUUUGUCCACCCCCACCCUAUCUCUGUUUUCUGUAGUUGAAUGCUGUAGAGCACCAUUUACAGUGAAAUGUUUUCAGUGACCAAUGUCAGGGUAGGCUUGCUUUGGGACUAGCCUCACUAAUGGCCAUCACCCACCAUUUUCCAGGGAAUGGCCUUGGGAUGAAUGUCUCCUUGUUGUUACAGGGUCCCAGUAGGAGAAAGAGCAUUCCCCUCAGAGGAGGAAUUCUAGUACUCUACACAACAAAUGGGUGCAGCUCACAGCUUGUUACAGCCUUUCAGUCGCAGCCCUUUCCUUUUCCUGUAUGUUGGUAUUAAGGAGACAGCCUCCCCAAGCCCCUGUAUUUGGAGGGAGACAACUUAAUCCAUCUCACUGUCACAGCAAGUUGAAGUGGUUGGUGUGUGGCGCUGGGCCUGAGGCACCACGCUUAAAGUUCCAGCCUUAGGGGAAAGCUGGCAAAUGCGAUGCCCUUUCCACAGGGGACCAUUGUGGUUUAUUUGCCCUGUGAGGUGCUCUCAGAUGACCCCAGCACUUGUAAGCGUGGGGUCUUUGUAAAACGCACCUCUGCCCUUAAGUCAUCUUCCCUUCAGUGGCUCAGUGUCCUGCUGCAGGUGACCAGUAGUUGCAGUGGCUCUGAGCAGCACCACCUGAAUGCCCUUCCUCCCAUUGGGGCCCUCCUCAGACCCCGGUGCUGCUCUGCUGUAACUGCAAAUGGCCAGGCUUUCAUUUGUCUUCCUUUAAUUCUGAUUAAAAUCAGUUUUGUGUGAAGGAAGAGUUUAAAUCUCCAUCUAGACUUUUCUUUAAACCUUAUCUUGGCUUAGGCUCACCUCUCAGUGACCACCCUGUCCACAGCUAUCACCUAGUUGUUGGUGACCUUUUGUUAAUCUGUAGACACAUGGGGACACUAGUCUGCUCGUGGGCCAUGGGCUGGUGACAUGGCAACUUUCUUUACUUGGUCAUACUGUGUCUUAGGCAGCUCAGAGGUUGGGUGUUUGUGUGCUGUUGGUUAGUGGAGCAGAACUCAGCCCCAGCUGGACUUGGAGGGUGGCUGAAUCAUUGUCGUCAUUGCUAGGAGUACAGCUGAAUGCAGCUGCUUUAGCAACAGGGAAAACCAGCCUGACUUGAUUCCUGAUUGAACAGGCAUAAGACGACACUAGUCAUCUGCUGCUUUUCUUUGCCACAGUGUGAUUUGGUUAGGCCUGUCCCUGGCAGGUAAGGGCCUUUUUUGCCUGUGCUCAGACAGGUAACAGGACAAGAGAGAAACGGCCAGAUGGGAGCAGGUAGCCCAUGGGGAAGUCUGGGCUGAGGAACACAAGACCUCUCACCGUUCUUGAGAAGGGCUGACACAUGAAAAUCCUUUUCCCAGUACCAAGCCCCUCAGAUCCAUCAGAGGAAUGACUUUGAGCCAUCCCUUCGCACUGCUCCACUCCAAACCCUGUCAUCUCCAUGGCCUAUUACUCCCCCUCUGCUGUGCUACUGUGAACUGCGGUUUAUUUUUCUGAGGCUUCCUACAGAUUAGGAAAUGCACACAGGGAGCCAUCCCCAGAGCUCGGGGCAGAAGUGUCAGAGUGCUUUCAGUCACCCUCUUGCCACUCACCAGUCAGAUGCCUUUCUGCAGGCUAGCCUCCCUGGGCCUGUUUCCUUCUCAACACCCAGCAGCUGUAGUUAAGUGUCCUUACCGACCCCUGAGGACCAGCCACCAUGUCCAAGCCUGGAGUCAUGGAAGCCACUGCUACAUGGUAACAUCACACAGGUUGCUUGGGGCUCCUCUGUUGUCCCAUAGAAAGACUGGCCAUUACUGAGGUGGAGGGGCCUCUCCAGGGCGCCUGGCUCUCCCCCUUUACCCUAUCGUCCCUAGUCACCACCUCCACCUUUGCCCGUGGUGUUGUUGCUCAGUGCUGAAUGUUGCUUCAACUUUCUGAAUUGGUAAUUCCUUCACAGUUCACAAAUUGGAACAGUUUAAAGUCUCCUUGAAUCCCUGACCUCCAGCAAGCCCAACUUCUCACCCCUUGAGCACCCACACUUAGUUUAUUCCUAUAUAUCCUUCCAGAGAUCACUUACACAUAUACAGGUGAACAUGUGUAUAGAUGUGUACAUAUAUAUACUUUUUUUUUACUCAUGUGAUACUGUACAAGUAUAAUCAGGAGCAUUCCUAUUCUGUGGGAAGAGCCAUCCCAGAAGUCAGCAUUGUCUGUAAAAAGUGAGCCCAGAACUGGGAUGUUUCUGCCAUCACUUUCCUUCUGAAUGAGGCAUUUUAUUGAUUGCAGCAUACUAGAAUCCUGGUUUUCUAUACAAAUCUGGAAGUACAAUCCCUUCUUGACCCUUCUCAUGGAUGCCCAGAUAGUAGGUGCACAACCAGUCUGCAGACUUUCUGACCUGCAGCAGGACACUCGAGAAGGCUCUGCAGCCAAGAGCACCAGUGCGUUCUUCUUGCCCAGGUCCAGCAGCCUCUGCAGGGGCCCUGCCCGGCCCCCGUCACUCCACCAGUUCCAACUGAGGCUUAGAGUCCAGCAGCCAAGUCUGCCUACAUCAGUCAUGGUCUCUUAAGCCAGCUCCCGGGUUUCUGAGGCAGGAGUCUGAGACAUAGCAGCAGCUGAAGGCCUGAAGCGUCCAUCUAUUGUGUGGGGCAGGUGUUGCUAAGCAGUAGUUUCCUCAGGAUUAACCAGAUACCCCACAAAGCCCCUGAGUACAUGGAUCCGCUCCCUUCGCCUCCCCACUGUAUGCACACACUGAAAGAUGCUUCCCACAGAAUUUCCCUGCUAGCCCAGCAUUUUUUUCCCAUUCGACAACAGAAAUUACCCCACCAGUAAUCUUAAAGAAAAAAUUUUAUUCCAUUAUUGCCCCUACAGAAGGUAAAACUUAAGGCUGAUUCCUCCAGGUGGCGGCACUGGAGGAAGGGGCAUGGACUCUGCUUCUCGGUCCUUGCCCAUGUCCUGGUGUCCAGCCAACCUGGGCUGCUCCCAGAUUGCAAAUGCAACUGGCCCCCCCAGCCUGAACCCUGAAUAGGAACUCUGUGUGAACCACCACCCUUCUGUCCUUAUCCAUCCCUGGCCCUGGGUUAGUGUCUUUCACAUGAGCCAUGAUGAAUUUGAGUAAAGGGCAUGAACAUGUCUAAAUUCAUGAUGUCCAAAUUCUUGUGAAACACAGUAACUGGAAAAUGCUGGGUCAUGGUCCUUUAGUUUAAAGGAUCCCAUGAGCCAUGGAAUGUGCUUCCAUUUGAGGGGAACUGAGGAAAUGAGGAAAUGUUCAGUAAAGCUGUCAUUUUCCCAGUUCAGCUUUAGAGCCCAGACUUUUGCAAGAUCGGAAUAGUUUUAUUCUUUUAGACCAAGCAGCAGCGCUUGGCUCACCAGUCCAGUGCUCACUUCUGUGGCUGCCAGGUCAGGGAGAACAUCCUCCCUGCUCCAGGGACAUGUGCCUAGAACACGGGCCCUACCUGGGUCACAGGAUUUGUCUUUAUUUUGCUGAAGCUCCUUCCAGCUCCCUGUGCCAGUACAAGCCUGGAGGGCCUGUGUCUUGGGCCAGCUGUAUACCCUCCCUCCAUCUGCCCCUUCUCUUCUAGGCUGCACUAAUGAGGGUGGGCAGGUGGGACAGUGUUAGUCCCUUGGGUGACAGCCAGGUCUUCCAAUAGUGUUCCCAUCAUCUCUGGGUCUCCUGACAGAUCACUGCCAGGAAGGGGAGUAGUUUAUAGUCUUGUAGUUUAGCCCACUGGGGUCAUUAACUCCCUUAAAAAAAAGGUUUAUGAAAUGCUGAAGCUCAGAUUUCAUAGACAUGUUUGUACACUAAGAAUUCUGCAGCAGAAUAUUUUUAAACAUUCGCAGUUUUUUGUAAGCUAUAUUUUUGUAUAUUUAAUUGCUAUUUUAAAUUUUUAAUGCAUUUUUUUGCUAAUUACUCCCAUUUAAAAAAUAAAACAUGCAUGUAAUUGACUGAAACAAAUGUAAAUAAAAAGCAGAUUUGGAAAAUA